CAAUGUUGCUGAGGCCGUGCCCAAGGAGCAGACAAAGGCACCAAUGGGAAGCCUCAGGGGGGAGCAAUACUUCCCCCAGAAACAGUUCCAGGAGGCACCAGGCGCCAGCCAGGGCUGCAGUUAAUCAUUCACCCCACAACACAGGAAGUGAGCCCUACGCCAGUCCCAGCCCCAGCCCCAGGGCUUCCUGAGCUCGGGGCAGGUCCGCAGUCCACACUUCACCCAGACAGAGGACAGCCCAGCCCAGCCACAGUUGCUUCUUUGAGUCAGGGUGCAGCUCUGGUCACCUGGCGGCCUCUUCAGCUCAGCCCUCCAUAAAGCGUGAGCCUGAAGGACCACCCUGAAUUGCCCUUGUAGGACCCAGAACAGCUACCAGCAGAAUCAGAUUCUCAUGGACCAACUGGUAUUCAAAGAGACAAUCUGGAAUGAUGCGUUCUGGCAGAACCCCUGGGACCAGGGGGGCCUGGCAGUUAUUAUCUUAUUCAUCACCGCUGUCCUGCUUCUCAUCUUAUUUGCCAUCGUGUUUGGUUUACUCACUUCCACAGAAAACACUCAGUGUGAAGCGGGUGAAGAGGAGUGACCUGACUUCCUGGGGACUGAGAUGGCAGCAGGGGAGGCGAGCUGACCUGCCCCCAUUCCGGUGGUGGGCCCCUUCGCGGUUCCCUCUGGCUCAGGGGCCAUGCCCUGGUGUCUUCCUUUCCCACCAGGAAAAAGUCUAGUAAAAUACUGUAUCUGGCUUAGGGUUGGUCAGACUAGUAAGACGGGGAGGCUGGUCUGAGACCAAUUCUGGCUCCUUGACCCUAUUGUUUUUAGGGUUCCCCGACCAGAACCCUAAAAGCACAUGGAGAGGACGGCUCCACUGCCUCAGGUGGAAGGAGCAAUGGCUAACAAGGUUCUCUAACAGGCUCACAGGCCCAGCCAGCAAUUUCACAAAUCCUUGACAGAGAAAGACACAACCAAAUGAAGUAAAAAUUCCUUUUCAAAUCUG